UGCAGCUUUUAUAGCAGCUUGCAUCAAAUUUAAAGCUCUGCUCCUGGCCUUUAAAACCACCACUGGGUCAGCACCCCCUUACCUUUAUUUACUUAUAGAGCCUUAUAUACCCUCUCGAUCCCUGUCCAAUGCCACCGAGCGACGGCUUGUGGUGCCAUCUCAAAAAGGGGAGAAAACAUUAGCGCUUACCUUCAGGAGCUGUUCCAUACCUGUGGAAUUAUCUGCCGGUCGUGACACGAUCUGCUGACUCUGUAGCUGUCUACAAGACUCGGCUAAAAACCAUCUCUUCCCCCAUUACCUUCCUAAUAUAGGACUUACUAUCUUUCUCUAUUUUUCCUUUCUCUUUAUCUGUACAUUUCUUUAAAAAAAAUAGUAACUAACCCUCGCCUACGUAUACUGUGUUGGACUUGAUGAGACUUUUCCAGUGCACUUAUGUAUUGCUGUUCUUGUAUUGUCUUGUAUUCUAUUGUUUACCUCAUUUGUAAGUCGCUUUGUACAAAAGUGUCUGCUAAAUGACUAAAUAUAAAAUGUAACACUUGUAACAGCUCAGCAGCGAGCUGUUUCUCUCUGCAACAUGUGUGUAACGGGCACACUGAGAGCGAGGUUGUGCACCAUAUGCUGAGUUUUGUGCGUGCAGGCGUUUAUAUAUUGUAUAUAUUAUACAUAUUGGUUCCCCACAUACACAUAGUGAACUGAAUAUAUGUUGCUUCAGUCUACAACGGUUCACUGUGUGUCAGCAGCCAUCGGACACAAAACGCCAGAGCCCAACAUAGCUAACACGAAUUCCUGCCAUCACCCGAAACACCCAGGGGGGCACAAGAAUUCCAGUGCAUGCCACGGCCCCUCCGGUGAUUGUAUUACGUCACGUUCGACGGCACACGUAAGUGAUGUAACCAAAAUGCGCACAAGAGAAGAAUGUUCUAAGCAAGGUUAGCCGCUAUGUAAAUGGCUCGAUUGUGGCCGAAACCCUUGAGAAUCGGCCAAAGUGCACUUUAUUGUACGAAGCCGACACCAAAAAAUCUACUCAAGUAAACAGUCACGCCUUGUGAAGAAAUUUGCAAUGUACAAGGGGGGCGACCGGCGUGCUCGUCCAUGACAGGCCCUGACGAAACGGGGUCCGUCAUGUCCGAGCAGUGACCGAAUUGCGUAGGGAAUCGGAAGAAGCACCCUGUGAUAACACAAUACCGAGAACUCAUGGGGCUUAGUUUAUUGUGAAUGUAUUGUGCACACUGUGCCAUAUUCCACACUGCAUAGAUGGGGAAGGAAUGCUUAUGCACGUGGCCGCCCUGCUUCCAUAGCCUCGAACACCUCAAGGGAAAGCUUAAAGGGCAGAGCGCCUUCCACUGCUCGGUCUACCCUUCUCUCUGCAGCGCAUGUGCAAUGGGCAAAACCGAGAUGGUGAUUCGCUGCCGAGAACACAGUCACGUGUGAAGAUUCUUUCCGCUUACCUUUUUCCUCAAGGAGCGAAGCAAUAUAUCCAUGUAAAUGUCGGUCGGAAGGCGGGUAAGGGAAGCGGCCUAUGUCCGUUACGCUACAGCGGCGCUUCAGUAAAACAAAGUGAUAAGAAAGAACAUGAGGAUAUGCCUUAAAGACGGUCGUUAUGUAGCAGCAAAAGCCACGUCUCUAUACGUCGUCAUAGCAGGCAUUGGCCAGUACACUAGCGUUGUUCUACAAAAAAGCUUCAGAAAAUCGAAAGAGUGGAGGAUCUCCCAUAGCGUCAGCUACUGACGCAAUGUUGAGAAACUGUUCUCAAAAGGGAACCCCAAACAACACAUCAAAUGUGGGAGGUGUUUUCUGGUAUUUAAAGAUAGAUGGUCUUUCAUAUUUCUUUUACUUUAGGUUUCCAGUUUGUUUGUCAGUUAAUGCAAGAUCACUUAAUAAUGCCAUUUUAUAACUUGAGAUUUGUUUCUUUGGAAUUAUGUCAAUUAUGAGCUAUUUUGUGUUUUAGUCUAAUCUUUUUUGCAGAUAUAAAUAUAUGUACUGUGAAUUUGAGCAUUGUUUUGACGUUGUUUUUUUACAGUGAAUGUGCAUCAGGUAAUUGUAAAGUCUUCCCAGAGCCAUGACUUUCACCAACUUCACUGAAUUCUACCUGCAGGGAUUUCCAGGACUCCAAGCGCAGUAUUAUGGAGCUGUGGGAACAUUUUUGCUUUUCAUCUACUUAUUACUCAUAGCAGUAAAUUUAUUUAUUAUUUCAUUUAUUGCAUAUGAGAGAAGCCUUCAGAAACCCACAUAUUUAAUCUUCUGUAAUCUUGCAGUGUCUGAUCUUGUUUUUGGAACUGCAAUUCUGCCUACAGCUUUUUCAAAAUACCUUUUCAAUGUCAACACUAUAUCGUUUUAUAGCUGCUCUGUGCAAAUGUUUUUUGUUCAUUAUUUAGGGAGUGUUAAUUCUUUUAUUUUGCUAUUAAUGGCCAUUGAUCGCUUUGUUGCAGUGUGCAACCCACUUAGAUAUUGUGCUAUUAUAACAAAUAAAACCAUUUUAAUGGCAUGUGCAGUGAUUUGGACAAUGUUUAUAAUUUUGUUGGGGUUUACUUCUUACGAAACCUUUGAUGAACCCUACUGUGCUUCUAAUGUAAUAACCCACAAUUAUUGUGACCAAAAUACAGUAAUGAGAUUAUCUUGUGGAAACUAUAAAGAGAAACAUCUGUAUAUAUUUGGAAGUGCCAUGUUUGUUCUCUUGGCCCCUUUGGCGUUUAUAAUUUUUUCUUUUGUUGCUAUCAUCACAACAGUUUUUAAAAUCUCUGACAGUCAGGCUCGAUAUAAAACAUUCUCAACCUGCGCUCCCCAACUGCUUGUUAUCUUUCUGUACUAUGUACCUAGAUGUUGUAUCUAUGCAUAUGAAUUAGUAAUGCCAAUACCACCUGCCAUUCGGAUGGUGUUAGUUAUGUGCUACAGUCUGUUGCCCCCUGUUGUAAAUCCAAUGAUAUAUUGCUUCAGAACUAAAGAAAUCAAAGAUGCUUUAAGAAGGAAAAUGAGACACAAAAAAGUCAGCAUGCAGGUGACAAUGCUUUGGAGCAGAACCUAGACUAUGAAAGCAAAUUGAAUACAAUAGCGCUUUGUUUACAUCAUGCCCUGUUUAUACUGUAUAGUCUAUCCUUGUUAUUCUGUCUGUGCAUAUGACUGUGGACUCUCCUAUUGAUGGCAUUUAUUGACAAAUGUCAUUCUUUGUUAGUAACCUUUCCUUUUCCAAAUGUAAGUAACAUGCAACUUUCUGAAUCUGGUAAAUGAAUAAUGUUUACCAAUUCAUCACAAAUAUUUAUUAAUAAUAAAAAAAAACUUAAAUUCAGUCUGUCUGUACCCCCUUGAAAUUCACUCCCUGGACUCAGAACAUGACAGAGCAAAUAUUAAAUAUUACUGUUCAAAAAUGUUCUUUUAUCAAGAUUUUCAGUUUGUUUUUGUUUUUUUAGUACAAAAAACCUUUUUAGUUCUGAACAAAAAUG